GAGACAAAGAAGAGAAAGAAUCACGAUGGCUGAAUUCAGAUUAUUUAAAAUUUGCCUGUUUUUGAUGCUUCCAUUUACAGCAGUAACUCAACAGUAUACUCAAUUAGCAGCUGAAGUUGGAGGUGAAGUCACUUUGCUUUGUGAAAAUGGAUGUUCCAGUAUUACCUGGCUCUUCGGUGAUUCAAGAAGGGGAACAACAGUAACUCUGUUUGAAUAUCAGCAGAUUAACAAAGAAGUUGGAUCCAAAUCAGACAGGCUGAGUGUUACAGGAAACUGUUCUCUGGUUAUAAAGAAGGUCACAGCUGAGGAUGAAGGUCGUUACACCUGCAGACAGUUCAGAUCAGGAGAAAACUUUACAGACUCUGGGGUUCAUCUGUCUGUUAUUAACAGAGAGAACACAACAACAACAACAUCAGCAGACAUGCCUAAUUCUAAGAGCGCUACACCAACCACAACUGCAACAAAAUCAUCCACAACAAGAACAGAUACUUCAUCAGCGAAAACUAAAUCAUCCAUGACAAGCAAAACAAAAUCAGCCACUGAAGGAGCAAACAGCACAAGCACAGUUCUAACCAAAACCACGCUGAUUAGUUUAGCUGUUGGUUUUGCAGUACUCUUCAUAAUCAUGGCCGUCAUUGGAUGGAGGAGAGUUAAACGGAACAAAACACAAACGAGUGAUGAAAUUGAACUGAACUCAGACUACUGCACUAUACCAGACAUUCAGGACAGGGCUCAUCCUGCAGCUGGUGUUUCCUACGCCUCCAUCAACAAGACCAACAACAAAACCCGGGUUCAUAAUAAAUACCAUAAAGGUGAUCUAUGGGCCCGCAUUUCCACCAAAUCUGCCAGAGACCUCAGUGAAGACAACAUCUAUGUUAACAUGAGACCCAAAUAAGAAGCCAAUAAUCUUUUUUUUUUUUUUAAACUGAAAUGCACUUCAGUCAUGAAUCAUAAGGAAAACUGAAGUUAAUCCAACUGAUACAUAUCAUCAUGAUAUGUUUUAUUUAUUGAUUUGUGACUGAAUAUUUCACACUGAGAAAAUAACCUUUAAAGUGUGAAACCGAAGAAAAAUACAUAUUAUGGGUAAACAUUUGAACUAACUGUAAUACAUAGCAUUCCUAAACUGCUUUUCUAUAGUAACUUCAUAUAUAUAUAAUUUUUUAUAAUCUAAAAGAAAAAUAUAAAAUGUAGCACUGUGUGUAUUUUGAAUGUUUUCUGUCCAUUAAUCCAAAAGAAGAAUAUUUGCUUUAUUGUCUUGACUGUCAAACCUUCAAAUGCAGAACUGAAAAAAAUGAGUGUAAUAAUUUGUAAAACCAUAAAUACUGCAUGUUUCAAGACUGGAUCAGAUGU